CAGCUCACAACCCGCGGAUUUACAAUCAACAAUUGACACAUAUUUCUGUCCAGGGAAACAUUUAUCUCCCAUAGGUUUAUUUUCUGAAUAUGAGGUGGUUUGUGUCUCCAAACAUGGUCUAGCUAAAGUCCCCGAAGCAACAGCAGCCCGCCAGCACUGAGUCAGGAUGUCCAGUAGCUCGGGCUACCCCCCCAGCCAGGGGAGCUUCAGCAGCGAGCAGAACCGCUACCCACCCCAUUCUGUCCAGUACACCUUCUCCGGCUCGCGCCACCAACAGGAUUUCAGCGUCCCAGACUAUCGGGCUCACAUGCAAGAUCCACAGGGUCGGAGAAGACCAUCUCUGCUAUCCGAAUUCCACCCCGGAACCGAAAGGCCUCCAGAGAGGCGCCAUGGUUACGAACAGCAGUUCCACUCCAUCUCCGCCCUGUCGGAGCAUGAGGCCUUGGAGGCCAAACGGCCUCGCAUGGAGACUGUUGUUGAGGGCCACAUCAUCCGCACGCCUACCACUGCUGGGGGUAUUGUCUUGCCCUUAACCCACUCGGUACAGGACGGUCUCAGAGCCGGUGCGGAUGUCAAAAAGGACUCUGUCAAAGGGGACUCCAUGUCCUCAGGGGGAACUGCACUACACAUGGGCGACGAUCAGGACGCUUCUCCUUCCAAACUAUCCAAAGAGGAGCUGAUCCAGAGUAUGGACCGUGUGGACCGAGAGAUUGCAAAAGUGGAGCAGCAGAUUUUCAAACUCAAGAAAAAGCAGCAACAACUGGAGGUGGAAGCAGCAAAGCCGGUGGAGCCAGAAAAGCCAGUGACUCCUCCCCCAGUGGAGCGCAAGCAUCGCAGCAUCGUCCAGAUCAUCUACGAUGAGAACCGGAAAAAAGCGGAAGAGGCCCACAAAGUCCUGGAAGGUUUCGGCCCUAAGGUCGAGCUGCCCCUCUACAAUCAGCCAUCCGACACAAAGGUGUACCAUGACAACAUCAAGACCAACCAAGUCAUGCGGAAGAAGCUGAUUUUGUUUUUUAAGAGGAGGAACCACGCUCGUAAGCAAAGGGAACAGAAGAUCUGCCAGCGCUACGACCAGCUGAUGGACGCAUGGGAGAAGAAGGUGGAGCGGAUGGAGAACAACCCCAGACGCAAAGCCAAGGAUGGCAGAACACGGGAGUACUACGAAAGGCAAUUCCCUGAGAUCCGCAAGCAGAGGGAGCAGCAGGAGCGCUUCCAGAGGGUUGGACAAAGAGGAACGGGCCUUUCUGCAACAAUUGCAAGAAGCGAGCAUGAGAUCUCUGAAAUCAUAGAUGGCCUUUCUGAGCAGGAGAACAACGAGAAACAGAUGAGACAACUGUCAGUUAUUCCUCCCAUGAUGUACGACACGGAGCAGAGGCGAGUGAGGUUUAUCAACAUGAACGGCUUGAUGGAUGACCCGAUGAAGGUUUACAAGAGCCGGCAGUUAAUGAACGUUUGGAACGAACACGAAAAGGAGAUCUUUAAGGAGAAGUUCGUCCAACACCCCAAGAACUUUGGCCUGAUUGCCUCCUAUCUGGAGAGAAAGUGUGUGGCUGAUUGUGUCCUUUACUACUACUUAACCAAGAAGAACCACAACUACAAGACGCUGGUGAGGCGAAACUAUGGAAGACGGAGAGGAAGGAACCAGCAAAUAACACGUCCCUCACAAGAAGACAAGCCAGACGAAAAAAUCGAAGAGGAAAAAAUUGAGAAAUCUGAGAAAAAAGAGGACGAGGAAAAGAAGGACGAGGAAGAGAAAGAUGAGAAGGAGGAUUCUAGGGAUAUUGGCAAGGACAAAGACAAGUGUGACGGUGGGGAGGACGAGGACGGAAAGGAGCAAAACACGCCGCGUGGCAGGAAGACUGCCAAUAGCCAGGGCCGACGUAAGGGAAGGAUCACCACACGCUCCAUGGCCAAUGAGGCUGCAUCUGUGGCUGCUGAGGAGGCUCCUCCCACUGCCCCUGAGCCUGCCUUGCCAGAUCCUCCUCAGCUCCCCAAGUCUGAUCCAAUGCUAAAGUCCAUGAAGGAGCCUGCAAAGCCCCAGACUCCAGUAGCUUCCAUGGACGCUAAUAAAGCUGGUGCUGGUGAAACGGGAGAAACUUCUCGCUGGACCGAGGAGGAGAUGGAGGUCGCCAAAAAAGGGUUAGUUGAGCACGGGCGAAACUGGACCGCUAUUGCCAAAAUGGUGGGCACCAAAAGUGAGGCACAGUGCAAGAAUUUCUAUUUCAACUACAAGAGACGUCACAACCUGGACAACCUGCUCCAGCAGCAUAAGCAGGACACACGGCGGGCUCGUGCUGAUAGGUCUCAAGGUGAAGGUCUAGCCGUGGCGUCACCUGACGAUGACGAUGAUGACGACAACGCAGAUGACAGUGAUGGCGCUGAAAACAGCUCUGAUACAGAGAGUGCUCCCUCCCCCUCUCACUCUGGCGACUCCAAGAGGGCAGACAGCGCUGCAGGAGAUGCUCAUUGCUCCGACCAGGACAAAGGUCAGGCCAGUAACGGAAAGGCUCUGGAGCCUUUAUACAGAGGACUCUGUGUCAAGGAAGAGAAAAGCCCAGAAAGUGAGACUGGAUCUCCGGAGGAAAAGGCCAAGAUGGCUUCCUAUGCAGACUCGGUCCACCCCAAAACUGAACCUCAGGAUGUGGACAUGAAGACCGGAGAGGUUCAGAUCAAGAUGGAGCCUGACAUCAGGGAGAGAGGAGAAAAAGGAGAUCACGGCGAGAGGCACAGGGAACUCCACUCAGAUAAUGACUCCAGCGCCACCUGCAGUGCUGACGAGGAUGUGGAAGCAGAGCCUGAAAGACCGAGAAUGUUCUCCAUGGACAAGCCCACAUUGCUCAACCCUCCAGGCUCUGUGCUGGUGUCCUCGCCCAAGCAAACCCAACUCAACAUCCAGCAGAUGCAGCAGCGGGCCGCGAACAUCCCACCCAUGGUGCCCGGUCCGUUUGGCCCCGGCGGUGUGCCCAUCAGUGGCUUUGCCAUGUUGCAACACCAGAUCAAAGCAGUGCACGACUCGGCGCACCAGGAGGAGAAGCAGCGGCAGGAUCAGGGAGACCUGGAGCGCAGACCGCCUUUCAACACCCGCAGCCCCAUCGUAAUAGACAGAGAUGGUAAGCCCUUACCUUACAUGCCUUAUGACAUGAAGCUAGCUCUGGACCAGGAGGUCCACUCUGGUCGGCCAGGCUCUCCCUACAGACUCUCCGCCAGAGAGCUGAGCAAGGCCUUACCCCAGCCUGACCCCAAUGCCUCCCGCUACAGUGUGCCACCAGUCCUCCACCCUGCCGCCAACCAGCUGGUCCAGAGUAUGCCAGAUGGAGUCCGCGUGACGUUCAGCAGACCCAGUCGACCUCCCAACAUUCCCUCUCCUCCUCCACUCAUUCCAACCACCAAGCCCACGGACAAGCCCUCCUUCAUCCAGGGGGGCUCCAUCUCUCAGGGAACUCCUGGCACAUACCUGCCGUCCCACGCGGUCUAUGGACCAGAGGGCAGUAAGAGCACAGUGGGCUCAAUCUCUCUGGGUCUGCCUCGGCAGCAGGAUCCUAACAAGCCUGGAGGCGCAGUGCCAUCCAUACAGGACGGCAGAGGCAACCAAGCAAAGAUGGCCGAGGGGCUUACGAUGAGAGGAUCAAUCACUCAGGGCACACCGGCCCUGCCCCAGUCCAGCAUUGCUGCUGACCUCCUGAAGGGCACGAUCACAAAGUUGGCCACAGAGGACCUGAGCAACCCAGACAAGUCAAGGGGAGAGCAGCUAUCUAAAGGUCAUGUCAUCUAUGAAGGCAAGAGUGGUCACAUACUCUCGUAUGAUGCUAUCAAGAACCCGAGGGAAAACACCCGCAGCCCCAGAACCGCCCACGAGCUGAAGCGCACUUACGACAUGAUGGAGGGACCCAUGGGCAGGGGACACCCUGGCAGGGAAGGAGCUCCAUUUGAGGGGUUGAUCAGCAGAGCUUUGCCCAGAGAAGGUCUACAUGGAGAUCCGAAAGAAAGACAGUUGAUCACAGGAUCCAUCAUGCAAGGUACACCGAGAACCGCCACAGAGACCUAUGACGAUGCCAUGAAAUAUGGAAAACAGAUAAAGCGAGAGAGCCCACCGAUCCGCUCCUUCGAAGGGGGCAUUGGUAAGGGAAAGCCCUAUGAGGGAGUCAAUACUAUCAAAGAGAUGGGACGCUCUAUUCACGAAAUCCCCAGACAAGAUCAGCCUGGCCAGGACAUCUGCAAGACCCCUGACCUGUCGGACAGGAGGGUUAUGGAGGGCUCCAUGUCUCAGAUUCACCCUCUGAACCAGUCUACUAUAAAGCACAAUGUCAAGUCCCUCAUCACCAGUCCCUCUAAGCUUCCCCACAGCAUGCCCCAGCUCGAGGCCAUGGAACGUGCCAAAUACGAGGAAAGCAAGGCGGUGCGCCACACUGUGGUCAACUCCACCGGCUCUGUCUUGCGCUCCACUCACCAGGAGGCUAGCAAAUCCCAACUUAGCCCAAGCAUGUAUGAGGACCCCAACGCUCGCAGGACCCCCGUCAACUAUAGCACCAAUUCUGGGUCCAGGGGAUCGCCCAUGUUGGAACGUGGACCAGAAGGUGUUAUGAGUUCUGUGAAAUCUGCCGGUCAUGAAAGGAAGAGCGCCAUUACCCCGACACAGAGGGACAAUGUCCCAGCCAAGUCCCCAGUGUUGGGUGGUGACCCUCACCCUGGAGCCUCUCACAGCCCCUUUGACCCCCACCACCGGCCCGUCGGUCCUGGGGAAGUGUACAGACCCCACCUGCCUCCACACCUCGAUCCUGCCAUGGCCAUGACUCUUCACAGAGGGCUGGAUCCCGCGUUCAUGUUCCCCAGGCAGCCGUCUCCAACCGGCUACCACAACACCUACCAGCUGUACACCAUGGAGAACACGCGGCAGACGAUCCUCAAUGAUUAUAUCACUUCCCAGCAGAUGCAAGUCAUCCGACCUGACAUGGCACGAGGGUUGUCACCACGGGAACAGCCCGUUGCUCUCCCUUACGCAGCCGGUGCUCGAGGGAUUAUUGAUCUAGCCCAGAUGCCUCCAACUAUCCUGUUGCCUCACCCUGGGGGAACAGGUACUCCCACUAUGGAACGCAUGGCCUACCUCCCUGGAGCUCAGCCCCCUUUCCCUUCUAGGGCUUUCAACCAAACCUCCAUAUCGCCAGGCCACCAGGCCCACCUUGCUGCUGCAGCUGCUGCCAGUGCAGAGAGGGAGCGGGAGCAGCGUGACCAUGAGCAACAGGAGAAGGAGAGAGAAAAAGAAAGAGAAAGGGAGCAUCGGGAAAGGGAGCACCGAGAGAGGGAACGAGAGCGGGAAAUGCGAGAACGAGAGCGGGAGAGAGCCAAUGAAUACAUCCGUGGAAGUGGACCAGAGCAGCCUGGAAGUCGAGGUUAUCUGCACUCCGCUUCACCCUCGCUCAGGACGCAGGAUGUCGUGGUUCAGCAGCGGCCUAGCAUCUUCCAGGGCAAGAGUGUCAUCACUGCUCUAAUGCCCCAUUCAGCAGCAGUGUCUGCAGCAGCACAGAGUAACUCACGCUACAGCACUGCAGCUGAUGCUCUGGCUGCUCUGGUGGACGCUGCUGCCUCUGCCCCACAGAUGGAUGUGGCCAAGGUGAAGGAGAGCAAAAAUGAACGGGAUGAAGAAAUGUCUUCAUCGGCUGUUGUCCGGCGAGUGGCCAGCCUCUCUGAACAACAGCAGCAGCAACAACAACAGCAACAGCAGCAGCAACAACAACAGCAACAGCAGCAGCAACUGCAACAACAACUGCAGCAACAGCAGCAACUACAGCAGCAACAACAACAACAACAACAACAACAGCAGCAGGAGGCAGAGAGGCGGUCCAUGCAGUCCCCAUAUGGCGCUAUGUCUCUGCCAGGGGGAAAGCCCCAUCCAGGUUACUCUGAGGGCCCUGGAGUCGGGGUUAAGGACAAGGGUCCUCAAACCUCAAAGUCCCGCAUUGAGGAGGAGCUUCGGACUCAUGGAAAAACAACUAUCACAGCCGCUAACUUCAUCGAUGUCAUCAUCACACGGCAGAUAGCCUCGGACAAAGACUCACGAGAACGAGGCUCACAGAGCUCUGACUCUUCUAGCAGCUUGGCAUCCAGUCGCUACGACAACGCCGCUGGAGGAACCAUUGAGGUGAUAAGCCCUGCUAGUUCCCCAGUCCAGCCCCAACAGGACAAACCAGAGGAAGGGCAACAACAGGCAGCAACUGGCAUGCGGGGCUACGACAUGAGUCGUUACCGGCCAUCAGGGGAAGCACCGCAGCCCAGUUCCCAGCAGCCCCCGUCCUCCCAGGUUGAGAGCUACUCCCAGGUUACCAAGACUCACCGGCUCAUGACCUUGGCAGACCACAUUUCGCAUAUUAUAACCCAGGACUUCGCCCGGAAUCAGGACCCUCCCCCUGUCUCCUCUUCAGCUUCGGCCACAUUCCAGAGCGCGGGCCCACCCGUUUCCUCUUCAGGGCGAGCCAAGAUGCCCAGCCGCUACAGUCCUGAGAAUCAGGUCCAGGCCUCACACCACCAGAGACCCUCCAGCAGAGUCUCCCCAGAGAAUGCCCCUGACAAGUCUAGAUCCAGGCCGGGUAAAUCUCCAGAGAGAGGCGGCAGGCAGAUGGAGAACUAUGAACCCAUCUCUCCUCCACAGAGCUACCAAGCCAUGGACAAGCAGGAGGCGAUCGGGCCUCCGCCUCAGAGGCGAGAGGCUGACAACUCUGAGAUCAGGAAUGACUCGCGGUCCCCAGGGAGUGUCAGCUAUCUGCCUGCCUUCUUCACCAAGCUGGAGAACACCUCGCCCAUGGUGCAAUCAAAGAAGCAGGAAAUCUUUCGUAAAUUGAACUCCAACUCUGGUGUCGGUGAUUCUGAUGUUGGAAACGCACAACCAGGCACAGAGAUUUUCAACUUGCCUGCUGUUACCACCUCAAGCAGCAUCAACACCAGGAAUCACUCAUUUAGCGACCCGGCCAACAACUUAGGCCUGGAGGACAUCAUCCGCAAAGCCUUGAUGGGCAACCUGGAGGAGAGACCGGAGGAGCACCAGGGAGGACUCGGGGCUCAGUGUGCCACGAACAACACACCCGGCCAAGGCAGUGACGCCCGCCAGGAGGCCAACCCGUCACCCAGUAUGGGGAAGCAGAAGCACAGCAAAGCCAACAGCCGGAAAACCAAGUCCCCUAACCUUGGUCAGGCCUACGCUGGAGGGGAGCGUCCGUCUUCUGUGUCCUCCGUCCACUCGGAGGGAGAUUAUCACAGACAAGCCCAAGCUCAACCACAAUGGGGCUGGGACGACCGACCUUCGUCCACGGGAUCCAUGCAGUUCCCUUACAACCCGCUGACCAUGCGCAUACUGAGCAGCACGCCACCCACCUCCAUAGCUUCCCCCUCCAUACAAAGCCAGCAGCAACAACAACAACAACAACAACAACAGCAGCAACAGCAACAGCAGCAGCAGCAGCAGCCGCCUCCUGCUGGAGCCCCGGUGGCCCAGCAGCGUGUGUGGCAGUCUCUGCUGUCAGAGCAAUACGAGACCCUGUCUGACAGCGACGACUGAGCUCUCCUCACUACAGCCCCAAAAACCAGAAGAGAGGCCUGCGCCAGGGCUCGUGGUUUCACCCCACCCGCCACCUCUCCCAGAACUAUCCUCGCUCACUGGCGAGUGUGACAAGUAGAUGGGACGAUGUCCUUUUUAUUUUUGGAGUUAUGGCGCCCACUGGCUGUUAGCUGAGAGGACAAGCAACAGCCUCUGACAGGCAGGGCUCUCCAGAGCAAGACUGGCGUUGGUCUGGAAGCACUCACCCAGCCUGUCGGUGAAAUAAACAAAACGUGACUGAGGGCAUGACGGGAGCGAUAGGAAAGAAGAAGAGCUUAAAAUGUAAAAAGAAACCGCAUAAGAGACUAUUUCUGAAAUUUUGGGAUUUCUGUAAAGAUAUACUUUGUCUUUUAAGAAAAUCAUUGUAUGUAAAUAGAGUAACCUUUUGCAGUGUUUUUCUUAACUUGAUUAUUUCUUAUUUUAAUGUCGCUUUUAAAUUGAUCCACUUUAAAUGGGAAGGUUAGGGGUGUAAUCUUUAGUUAUCACAGUUAGGCUUUCCCGGUCCACUCCCACCCCACGUGACUUGACACCCACUCUAAUAUUUUUACCAUAGCGACGCUGAGAGACCGGACGUCUGGAUUGUCCUUGACGAUGAGUGUUGCCCAGAGGCCAAGCACCACCGAAGUCUGAACCUUGUGGACAUUCGAGGAUUAAAACAAAACACAGAUGAACAAUUUACACAGCAAUUAUAUUUGAUGACCAUCCACGCCACACAGUGGAGAUGAUGUGUGGAUGAUGGCGGUAAAUUCUCACCCGGUCUAGACAGACAUGUCUUCAAAAACAAGUUGAGAACACUGGUGUCACAGCAGAAAGGUGAAAUGUCUGCUAUAAGCUUAAUUUUGCCGGAAAAUAUAUCCUUAUGCCUACUGGACCCCGUCUGAAUAUUGAAAGUGAGCCAAUGGUUUUUUUUUUUUUUUUUUUUCAAUAGAGCUUUCCAUGGUGUGUCCCAUUAGCUCUCUCUCUCUCUCUGCAGUUUCCAACCUGUCCAGAAUGAUCUGCUCUGCAAUGUUGUCAUGGUAAAAAAUAAAUGGUAUGUCAGGUUUUGCCAUGCCUUGUGACUUGAGAAAGAAGGCAGCUUUAACUAAUUUUCUCAGAGAUAUACGUUGAUGUUUGAUGUUUGUAUUUGUUUUUCCUUUUUUUAAUUUUAUUUGAUACUGUCCUGACAAAAAUCUGAACUCUGUAAACUGUCUUUUCAUUACACAAAAAGACAAAACUAACCAAACAUAAAGAAUGGUCUGCAC